GAUAUCGUAUGUAUCCUGAGCAGGUACAAAUCAACAAAGCUGUGCGAUAAUCCCUUGGAAUGAACUCGUCGCCUCCCGCCGACUACACGGCCUCGAUCCGACUCGCCGGCGUCCCUGCCGACCUCGCGUUCAGGACGAUCGCCGACCUCGAAGGAUACCCUACUUGGAAUACCUUUACCCCAAAGAUCACUCCGUCUACGUCCUCCUCCCCGUCCGCUUCAUCAGUAUCGUCCUCUUCACCUCAUGCUACAGUAGCACGUUCUACACAACCACCUAUCCGCACGUAUCCUAUAGGUACCCCGAUCGUCCUCAAAGUCAAGACCUUGCUCCCCUUUCCGAUCAUUCAGCGCGAGCGGAUCACGCGGUGGGACCUCGAUUCCAGGGAGAUCGCUUGGAGUCAGGCUCCCCGAUGGGCGUUGUGGACGGAUAGGACGCAGACGGUCAGAGUGUUAGAAUCAGAAGCAGAAGCAGAUGGAAACGGGCACCAAGGGGAGGGAGGGUGCGAGUAUGUGACGACCAUGACGUUCCGAGGACCGCUUGCCCCCCUCGUUCGACUGCUCAUGGGCCGACGAAUUCAACGAGCCUUGGAGCUCUGUGCCCAGGAUCUCUACAACAAGCUCAGCUGAGCUGCCGAGCUGUAUCUGCUGGCCAGCCGUAUCCAUCCGCUCCUAUACGAAUCUGGAGCUCGAUCAUCUAUCGCCAAAUUUCACGAUUCGCCAACGACCUGAACGACUUGACCUUAUGAGGGUGGACUACCACGAUCGACGAUUCAUGGCGAGGAGCCGACCUUACGAUCCGCCGACCUUAUUCUCAAACC